GAGGCUGGGCGCUGGGCUAUACUGGCUUCUGCUGCUUAACAACACAGGGAGAACAACACAUACAUACACACACUGUAGAGCAGAGGACUGUGGGCACCGCUAGCUAAGUAGAUAUCGCUACUGGUAAGAUAAAGUCUAUCAUGAGUUGAAGGUUAGUGUCGCCGGCUGGGCUCCGACCCAUAGCUGAAUGAAGUUUAACAGGCUAACGUCGGGUUUAGCUCUCAUGAAGCGGCUAGCAGUGUUGGCUACAAGUGCCGCCUGCCUCUAGCUGCCAGCUCAUGAGAACCGCUAGCUGCUUGAAGCGGCUCGUUAAAUAUUGUGACCAGCCGGCUAACGACGUUAGCUGUUCAGCCUGAGAUGUCAAGCGGUAACUAGCUCAGUAACGCAGAAGUCUGGGCGCAUUUACACUGUGUGCUUUCUCGGUCCCUCUGGGAAACGAGCUGACCGCAGAGAAAUGGCUUUUAUUUGUUCAUCGGCCGUUUAAGCCAGCAAUGCGUACUUCAUCGUCUCUGAAUACAAUUAGCUCGCCGGCGUCGGAUUACUGCACCCCGUGGCACAGCAGUGCCCUGGUCAGAGGCGACACACGUCGCAUUUCGCAUAAUGAGUGAUCAAUAUGACAAGGUUCACGUCGAGCAAAUGAAAUCGUUCGGCGAGGAUGCAGAGAAGGAGGGUGUGGAUACGGAGGAGCAGGUGCCAGUCUCCUCUCCUUCUGCCUCUAUCUCACCAGAUCAUUCCAGCAUCACCAUAACCGGUACAGAUGCAUCCAGCACUCCUCUGCUUUGUAAACCAACAGGUAAAAGUCGUAGUAAGCCGGGCAAAGACGACAAGAAACACACGUCUGAUGCGACAUCGCAUGGGUUUGUAGUUUCCUCUGAGAAAAACUUGAACAGACUGGGGUAUGAGCGGACACUUCAUGUCAAGGGAACUGGAAAGUUACAGCAGGGAAAGUCAGAGACAAAUGGCAACUAUGUAACCAUCCACACAGCCAAAAACACCGAAGAAACACGCCGAGAGGACGGAUUCAAACUUGCAAAGAAGCGGAGACCUGUGACAGUGGAUACCUCAAAAGCCAAAACCUCUUUGGAGGCGCUGAAGAUAAGCAUCAAGCAGCUGAAGUGGAAAGAGUUUCCUUUGGGAAGGCGAGCAGCCUGUGACAUCUACUGGCACGGUGUUUCCUUCCAUGACAAUGAAAAUAUCGUCUCAGGGCAGGUCAACAAGUUCCCAGGAAUGAUCGAAAUGCUGAGAAAGAUCAACCUGAGCAGAGCAGUUCGGACUAUGCAGGAGUUGUUCCCAGAGGAAUACGACUUCUAUCCCCGCUCCUGGAUCCUGCCGGAAGAGUACCAGCAGUUUACCACACAGAUUCGCAUGGUGAAGGAGAACGAUGCCACAGUGAAUCCCACUUUCAUUGUCAAGCCGGACGGGGGCUCUCAGGGGGACGGUAUCUACCUCAUCCGUGACCCUAGUGACCUCAAGCUCAUGACGGGUUCACAGGCCAAACAGGGUGUAGUCCAGGAGUACAUCAAUAAGCCGUUACUCAUCGACAAGCUCAAGUUUGACAUCCGGCUCUAUGUGCUCAUAAAGUCCUUGGAGCCGUUGGAGAUUUACAUUGCCAAAGAAGGGCUGACUCGUUUUUGCACUGAGCCGUAUCAGGAGCCAAGCCAGAAAAAUCUUAGCCACGUCUUCAUGCACCUGACAAACUACUCGCUCAACGUCCACAGUGGCAACUUUGUGCACUCAGACAGCCAGAGCACAGGCAGCAAGCGCACUCUCUCCAGUGUGCUGUACAGGUUAGCAGCUAAAGGUGUAGACAUCAAGAGGGUGUGGUCGGAUAUCAUCGCUCUUGUUAUCAAGACUGUCAUUGCUGUGGUGCCUGAACUUAAAGUCUACUACCAGGCUGACAUUCCUCCUGGGAAACCAGGACCCACGUGCUUCCAGAUAUUAGGCUUUGACAUCUUGCUGAUGAAGAACUUGAAGCCGGUAUUGUUAGAAGUCAACUCCAACCCUAGUAUGAGAAUCGAACACGAGCAGGAAGUGGCACCUGGAGUUUUUGAAUAUGUUCCCAGUCCGGUGGAUGAAGAGGUGAAAGUGGGCGUGAUCAGAGACACUCUGCGCCUCAUGGACCCGAGCCACAAGAAACCCACAAUUUCCCAACAGAGGGCUGGUGGGUUUGAACAAGGGGAAGAGAUUCCCAUGGAAGAAGAGUCACAAGAGAAGAGCCAGGAUGAAACGGGAGCUCUGCCCUCGUUGUGUCUGAAGCAGGUCUACCCAAAGUACUCCAAGCAGUUCAACUACCUGCGGCUAGUGGAGCGAAUUGCAGCUCUCUUCAUACGCUUCCUCGGGGUGAAGGGCAACAUGCGCCUUGGCCCCACUGCCUUCCGGACCUUCAUCAGGACUUGUAAACUGAGCAGCAGCAACUUCACCAUGGCUUCAGUGGACAUCCUCUACAUAGAUAUCACACGCCGCUGGUCGGGCGCGAUGUCUGACUCCAGAGAAGCAGGAAUGGGACUGCAAGCGUUCGUGGAAGCCUUUUUCUACUUGGCAGCUCGCAGGUUCAAAUCCUUGGCGCUGAGGGAGCAGGUAGUGUCACUGCUGGAGCUGUGCGAGACUCAGCUCGGGCCUCAGUCGGGCGUUGAGGAGAGGCGCUCUCUGAGCUGCAGCAGGGCGCUGCCGCGAACCAUCAAAACGCUGUGCCUCACCAACCCUCAGCUCAACUCUCCGGCUCCCCUCCGAAGGGCGGCCAGCCAGGACUACCGGCUGCAUCAAAGAUUCAAGCCUCGCUCGCUCAGAGCAAACGUGGAGAACUGAUGAGAGGGAACUAGUCAUCCAACCCCCAAACACUGCCUUUAGCAUUCUCCACAGGAGCAGGGGAAGGUAGGUGUCCAUCCCUCCUCUGCAGCCCCAGAGAAGGACGAGCCGAAGCUGCUGGCUGACUCGCAGGAGGACUGUUCUCAGCCUGAUUGCUUUUUCUUCAGAGGAGGAAGAUGCCCGCGGGGGGGGGGGGGGGGGUUGUUGGAAUGGAAAUAGAAGACGAUAUAAGGAGGUUGGUGCAUUUCUUCUUCUUCUCCUGGUGGGAUCAUAUAUGAAGAGUGUGAUCCAGUCAGGAGGAAGAAAUGGCUGCUUUAAAUAUACUUUCUGAUUCUAGAAGGCAGCUAUUUGCCUCCCUUUGCAUUUGUCUGGUAACCUGUCCACUAAAACCACCUUUCUUUUCAGGGAUAACAUUAGUCGCUCCACUUGAAUCGAUUCACACAUCACAGAUAAAAGAAGUAAAAGGGAGAAUCCUCAGUGUAUUCUUGAAUUUGCACAGUAACUCUUUCAGCUAUAUUCCUUUUGCACAGAAAUGGACGUGAACGUGCAUCCGCGCGCUCGGGUCGCAAGUGUUUGAACUCGCGUGCGUGCGUGCGUCGGAUGGUCACUGCUGUAUUUAUUUGCGUUUAGCUUAGCGGCGAAAGCCUGUUGACAGCGAGCGGCUCAGCUGUGCAUCCUCCACGAGCCCAUUAGCGAUGAGUUAAGUGAAUAAGUAUUCAAAGGGAAAAGGCCACGCUGCCACUUAUCCUCUUUCAGUUCAGCAGCUAUUCCAGUCAGGCAGCCGCAAGACCUCCAGCAAUUAUGUUUUUUUAGUAAGUAGCCACACAACUGCCAUUGGAAGUAGAUGUCUAGAAAUAAUUGCAUGGGGAGACGUUUUACAGUUAAAUGAGAUUUUGGAGAGCUUUGGUUAGAAAACCUUAUGUCUCGCAGUUCCACGAUAACAUGGCAGCUGCUGGAAGGUCGCUUUUUUUUUUUUUUUAACCUUUUAUGCUAAUAUUAUUAAACAAAUGAAAGAACUGCAGUGUGGGCAGCUUGUGGAAAACAUACAGAGAUUUCUGCUACACAUACUGUAGGGCAAACUUAUUUAAUGCAGUGUCGUAUUCAUGAUGUGAAGUAGAUGUAUGAGGUAUUAAACACUGGCACAUUAUAUGAAUGACAUGUAUUGAUAACACUAUGGACAAAUAAACACAUUUUGCUCUUUGAA